UUCUGCUUCAUCCUUUCUCUCUCUCUCUCUGUGUCUUUUUCUCUCCUUCCUCUCUUUCUCCCUCCUCCAUCUCCUCGUCUUUGAAGGUUGUGUUACUUCCUUCAGACUUCUCUUUGUUGAUUCCCUCGCUCCAGUCCCGUCUCCUCGUGGUCUUCUUGGACGCCCCCGGUUUUUUCUAACCUCAUUAAAAAAAAACUUGUUUUUUUCUUCCUUCACAUAACAUCAUUAUGUCUUCCUACGGCGGCGGCGGCGGCUACCAGCGCGACUCCUACCGCUCCAGAAACGGUGGCGGCGGCGGCGGCUACGGUAACGGUAACGGUUACUCCAACGGCGGAGGCUACGGUGGUGGUGGUGGUGGUGGUUACGGCGGUGGUGGCUAUGGCGGCGGCGGCUACGGUGGCGGCUAUGGUGGCAGAGGUGGUGGUGCCGGCGGUGCUGGCGGAGACCGCAUGUCCAACCUGGGCGCCGGUCUGAAGAAGCAGGAAUGGGAUCUUGACUCCCUGCCCAAGUUCGAGAAGUCCUUCUACAAGGAACACGCCGAUGUCGCCGAGCGCUCUCAGCGUGAUGUUGACGAGUUCCGUAAGAAGCACGAGAUGGCUGUUCAGGGAAGAAACGUUCCUCGCCCUGUCGAGACCUUCGACGAGGCCGGUUUCCCUCAAUACGUUCUCAGCGAGGUCAAGGCCCAGGGCUUCGACCGCCCUACCGCUAUUCAGUCUCAGGGUUGGCCCAUGGCCCUCUCUGGUCGCGACGUUGUCGGUAUCGCUGAGACGGGUUCCGGAAAGACCCUGACCUACUGUCUUCCUGCCAUCGUUCACAUCAACGCCCAGCCCCUCCUCGCCCCCGGUGACGGCCCCAUUGUCCUUAUCCUCGCCCCCACCCGUGAAUUGGCCGUUCAGAUUCAAGCCGAAAUCUCCAAGUUCGGAAAGUCUUCCCGUAUCCGCAACACCUGUGUCUACGGUGGUGUCCCCAAGGGUCCUCAGAUUCGUGACCUGAGCCGUGGUGUGGAAGUCUGCAUUGCGACUCCCGGUCGUCUGAUUGACAUGCUCGAGGCUGGUCGCACCAACCUUCGUCGUGUCACCUACCUCGUUCUGGAUGAGGCCGAUCGCAUGCUGGACAUGGGUUUCGAGCCCCAGAUCCGCAAGAUCAUCUCCCAGAUUCGCCCUGACCGUCAGACUUGCAUGUGGUCCGCUACAUGGCCCAAGGAGGUCCGUCAGCUUGCGUCUGACUUCCUCAACGACUACAUCCAGGUUAACAUUGGUUCCAUGGAUCUGUCGGCCAACCACCGUAUCACUCAGAUCGUCGAGGUCGUCUCGGACUUCGAGAAGCGCGACAAGAUGAUCAAGCACCUCGAGAAGAUCAUGGAGAACCGUGCCAACAAGUGCCUUAUCUUCACCGGCACCAAGCGCAUCGCUGACGAAAUUACUCGCUUCCUCCGCCAGGACGGAUGGCCGGCACUUUCUAUUCACGGUGAUAAGCAACAGCAAGAAAGAGAUUGGGUCUUGAACGAGUUCAAGACGGGCAAGAGCCCAAUCAUGGUGGCUACUGAUGUGGCUUCCCGUGGUAUCGAUGUGCGCGACAUCACACACGUUCUCAACUAUGACUACCCCAACAACUCGGAGGACUACGUUCACCGUAUUGGUAGAACUGGUCGUGCCGGUGCUAAGGGUACCGCCAUCACCUUCUUUACCACUGACAACUCCAAGCAGGCUCGUGACUUGGUCACCAUUCUCACUGAGGCCAAACAGCAGAUUGACCCCCGUCUCGCCGAGAUGGUCCGCUACAGUGGCGGUGGUGGUCAUGGCCACGGUGGCUAUGGCCGCUGGGGUGGCCGUGGUGGUGGCCGUGGCCGCGGCAACCACUUCACUGCUUCCAAUGCUGCUCCUCUUGGUGGCAACCGUCGCUGGUAACCUGACCUCGCUGCUCAGUUCACUCACUGAGCUUGUAUUCCAUUCUCACAUCGGUAGACGUUCUUUUUCCUUCGCAUGAUUCCUUUUUCGUAACCACGGUACGGGCGGCGUUCGUCGAUAUUACGAUAGACUAUUCGCGUGUUUUGCUCAGUUUACAACAACAGGCUCCCCCGACAUAGGGUGACCUCGAAACCUACACGAUUGUGCACUGAUAUUUCUCAUGGAUACACGUUAAUU